AUGACAGUAGCAAAGACAACAUUGCUUAUUGUUCUGGUCGCACUCCUCUCAUGUGUAUGUAUAUCAAAUGCAAGGGAACUAAUGAAACCUGGACAAUAUGUGCAAGAGUGUGUUGGAGCAUCAUGUCAACCAAAGAUGCCCCAACCAAAUCAAUAUUUUGGGAGUUGCAUUAAUAAUAUUGAUUGUGAAAACAGUUGUUUUGAUUCGUGUAAAGAUAUUGGAUUGAGGUAA